AGCUGAGAAGCCUAAGGAGACACAUACCCUGUGCUUUAGAUCCUUAUAUUAGGAACAUAAAAUCCUAUAUAUUUUUGAAAAAUGAUGAAGCCAAAGUUGUCUAGACCACAUUAUCCUCCCGAAAGACUAUGUAAAAAUCGGCCGUUGUGACGUCCAGUAAUUAUAUCUGGAAUUAUUAUAUUAUUAAUAUAUUAAAUAACAAACAAUUUCUUUUGGAAUAGAUUUAUUAUAGAUCUUUAGAUAUUUGUCUACUGUUCUCCAUAAUUAUUUUUAUAUGCAAGGAUGAGAUAUUUGACUGUUUGAUAUUGGGAAUAGGGAGCAUUGUUAUGGCCAGGUUUACUUAAUCUAGGGUUCGUGUUAAAUUUUAUUUCACUUAAUAUAUUUAGAAACAAUCUGCAUAGGUGCUAAAGUAAAUUCUUAUAGAAGUAAAACUUCAGAAACAUUAAGUAUGACGAUGUAUUUACCAAUGGAACCAUAUAAUGAUGAAUUGUUAUGGCUAGUAGUUUGUGGGUUCGUGGUGGCUUUUGUAUUGGCAUUUGGAAUAGGUGCCAAUGAUGUCGCCAACUCUUUCGGCACCAGCGUCGGGUCAAAGGUUCUGACGCUCACGCAGGCGUGUAUAUUGGCUACCAUAUUUGAGAUCGCUGGAGCUGUUCUAAUCGGUUACAAAGUGUCGGACACAAUGCGUAAGGGUAUAUUGGACGUGUCAUUGUAUGCCGCCGGAGGGGAGAAGUUGCUGGCAGCUGGUUGCUUGGCAGCUCUGAUUGCUGGAGCCACGUGGCUCAUCAUUGCGACAGCAUUACGGCUCCCUGUAUCGGGCACGCACUCCGUAGUCGGAGCCACUGUUGGAUUUACUCUCACUGCCAAAGGACCAGUCGGCGUGCGCUGGUCGACUCUUGGUGCUAUUGUGCUAUCAUGGUUCAUCUCGCCAGUGUUAAGUGGGACGGCUUCUGCUAUGAUAUACUGGUUGGUGCGCCGGUUCAUUCUUCGUUCCACCCAGCCGCUUGUGUCGGGCUUGCGUGCCCUACCAUUCUUUUACGGUGCCACUAUAGCAGUGAACGUGCUUAGUGUUGUUCACGAUGGUCCUAAAUUGUUGGCGAUGGAUAAAAUCCCUCUUUGGAUCGCAUUAGUCGGUUCUUUAGCAUUGGGAGCCUUAGUGGCUGGAGCUGUUCGCCUUUUCCUCGUGCCACAUUAUCGCCAAAAACUUAUUGCACCAACGGUCAACUUUACAUUAGGACUAUCUAAUGAAACUACACCCGCAAACACACCGACGCACACAAACAAGAACAGUGUGCCGCAACGACCUACUUCACUUUUAUCUGAAGAUGGGAAAAUUCUAGAAGCAAUAGAAGAAAGCGCCGAAAUGGUAACUCUAAGUGAUGCUGACAAAGCGUCUAUAGGUGUUAGGGAGAUGAACGCCAGGAACCGCGCACUAUUAGCCACUAUGGAUGAUUGCAGCAUACUCUCGCGUAGUCUAAGCCCUCCAAACAAAUCACGUUUGCAGUUGAUAGAUGCUGACCCACAAAUUAAUACAUUAAAGUAUAUAGAUGAGACAUUAAGUUGUUGUAAGAGCUUAGAUUCUGCUCAAUUGGCUGGCAUGGGGGAGAGUUACGACUCAAGGAAUGGUUUCUUAGGCGAUUCCUGCGACACGAUAGCCCGUGGGGAGUUCGAUAAAUUGGCAGCUGCUAGAAUACAACCGUCCACAGUGGAAUUUGAGACACCACCUCCUAGACAAGAUAAGGGCCCAGCAGCUAGCGCAUGGAGUAUAGAAUGCGAAGGUAGGAAUACUCAGCUGCCCGCUAUAACGCCGAACUCCAGCGCGGCGCCAUUACUUCGACCCAUGACUCCUCCACAACCGGCACCGCCUGCCCCUCCUCCCGAAACGUUGCGGCUGUUUUCUUUUCUACAAGUACUUACUGCCACAUUUGGUGCUUUUGCACACGGCGGUAACGAUGUUAGUAAUGCAAUAGGCCCCCUGGUAGCUUUGUGGUUACUGUAUUCGGAGGGUGGAGCACACGCCAAAGCUGAGACGCCUCUUGCCAUUCUGGUGUUUGGGGGCAUCGGGAUUGCACUGGGUCUGUGGUUGUGGGGUCGUCGCGUCAUACGCACCGUAGGCGAGGAUCUUACUAGCAUUACGCCUGAUACCGGAUUCACAAUCGAGCUGGGUGCUGCAUUGACGGUGUUGGUAGCGAGUAAAGCCGGGUUGCCAGUAUCUACUACGCAUUGCAAAGUCGGCUCUGUGGUCUGCGUCGGGUACUUUUCGGAGAAAGCCGUCGAUUGGAGUUUGUUUCGUAACAUCAUUUUCGCGUGGGUGGUGACUCUGCCUGUUGUAGCGGCCAUUGCAGCUCUCUGUAUGCUAGUACUUGAGGCUUUCGUCGUAUAAAAUGUACUUAAAUAUUUAUUAACUUAUUAAAUUGAAAAUAUAGACUUGUCA